AGCAGGGCGUUGUUGAGCAUUACAAUCCCUAGAUAAAUACCAGGGACUUUUCAUUGCAACACAGAUAAAAGUUUGACUGUAACUGUAUAUAAGAGCUGGUCUUUGUUUUGUUCAGCAGCUCCACACAGGACGGCUGAAGAUCAUUCGACAGCAGGUCAUCAUCAUAUUUCAUAUCUGCAACAUCUCCACCAUGAAGAUGCUCACUGUGACUUUGUUUGUGUGUGCCAUGAUGGUGCUGACCCGAGCUACCCCUCUUCCACAAACAGAGGACCAACCUGAGCCAGUGGAAACUACAGUAAUAGCUGUUGAUCCUGUGCCAGUGGAAACUACGGUAAUAGCUGAACCUGAGCCAGUGGAAACUACAGUAAUAGCUGUUGAUCCUAUGCCAGUGGAAACUACGGUAAUAGCUGUUGAUCCUGUGCCAGUGGAAACUACGGUAAUAGCUGAACCUGAGCCAGUGGAAACUACAGUAAUAGCUGUUGAUCCUAUGCCAGUGGAAACUACGGUAAUAGCUGUUGAUCCUAUGCCAGUGGAAACUACAGUAAUAUAUGGUGAUUAUUUUGAUGAUUGGACAACAGAACGAACUGAUGCAGAUGCAGAUGAUGAUUCUGGGACAGAUGAAUCUACAGAAGGAACUGAUGAAGAUGCAGAUGAUGAUUCUGGGACAGAUGAAUCUACAGAAGGAACUGAUGAAGAUGCAGAUGAUGAUUCUGGGACAGAGGAAUCUACAGAAGGAACUGAUGAAGAUGCAGAUGAUGAUUCUGGGACAGAUGAAUCUACAGAAGGAACUGAUGAAGAUGCAGAUGAUGAUUCUGGGAAAGAGGAAUCUACAGAAGGAACUGAUCCAGAUGCAGAUGCCAAACCUGAGACAGAUUAAAUGAAACGCAGUGUGAUGCUUGUCUCCAAUCAGUCUGCAGCGGUAUUCUGAUGUGAUUCCUGGGCUGAAACAGAGGCAUGGUCGAGCUGUACAAAGCACAAACACCUGGUCGAUGUGUUUUCAUGCUAUAAGUCUCAUGUAUAACCUGUAGCAUCAUUAUCUCAUAUUACACCUUUCUUUUUCUGUCGCUGUAACGCUACUUAAGGAAUGAAGCGGCAAGAAACAUAAACAGGAGCUGGAUUGUUCCUGAGGCCUUGUGUCUUGAAUAAGAGCAAACUGAAUGUGUUAUGAAUGAUUUUAGCACAGCCUUAUUCUGCAGAGUAACCUGUUCUUUCUUGUCUCUUGCAAAUUAAAAAGCUUAAGCAUUGAAAAA